AUGAAUUCCUACAAAAAUUAUGAAUGCUACAAAAAAGCGUUUGGGAUUAAAAUUCCACCAAAUAAAGAUUACGUACUUUUGGAUAAAAUGUGCAAAUAUCUACCAGUUCUAGGAAUUGUACCUUCUAAAAGUAAGAAACCGAAUUUCUUUGAGGUCGUGGUUAUAGCUGGACUGUCAAUAUUUUUUAUAGCGACUACAGUUUCACAAGUCACUAUUACUAUUAGAAUUAUUUACAAUUACAUCAAAUCAAAAAAUGAGUUCCACACUUGUAAAUUUCCACUGAAUAAGGACAUGUGUAUAUCUGGUAACUUGGUUCCAGAAUUCGAUUCAACUGAGCUAGAGGUAGUGCUAAUAUUAAUAUCUUCUGCAUGUGAGUCAACGGAAAGAACUGGAAAAGAAGUCAUCGAUAUCUGCUAUGAACUUAGUUUAAAAGAGCAGGAUCCCAGAAAUAAGGAAAACCUUUUUGAUUUAGCAUUUUACACAAAGCAAUGGCGGCCAAGAUUUUCUGCAGCUGGAUUUUUUAACUGCAACCAGCGAUGUUUUAACUUUUUCUUUUCAACAUUUAUCGAUUACUUGGUUAUAAUUUUACAAUUCGACUUAAGUUUAAAUAACGGUUAA